GGGCGAAGCGGCGCUGUGCGCUUGCGCGGACCGAGGCGCGUUCCCCGCCGCGGCACCAAUGCUCCUUACCAUUUCCUGGAUCUUCUGACAGUCCUUGUACGGGGUGAAUUCGUGUCGACUGCCCAGAGUCCGCGAAUUCAGUUCCGAUUUAAUCAACCGAAACGUGCUCGAUUCGAUAAGGGAAACCCGCCCACACCACACGAAGACUACAGCUGAGCACAGUCCUGGUGAAAUGUCUCUGCACCAGUUUCUCCUGGAGCCCAUCACUUGUCACGCGUGGAAUCGGGACAGAAGUCAAAUUGCAAUCAGCCCAAAUAAUCAUGAAGUCCAUAUCUACAAAAAGAGUGGAAAUCAGUGGAUGAAGACCCACGAAUUGAAGGAACACAAUGGCCACAUCACAGGCAUUGACUGGGCACCUAAGAGUGACCGCAUUGUGACCUGCGGCGCAGACCGUAAUGCCUAUGUCUGGAGCCAGAAGGAUGGUGUAUGGAAACCUACUUUGGUGAUUUUACGGAUCAACCGUGCUGCCACCUUUGUGAAGUGGUCUCCCCUGGAGAACAAGUUUGCUGUUGGCAGCGGGGCUCGGUUAAUCUCUGUAUGUUAUUUUGAGUCUGAAAAUGACUGGUGGGUCAGCAAACACAUCAAGAAGCCAAUUCGUUCAACUGUCCUAAGUUUGGACUGGCAUCCAAACAAUGUCCUCCUGGCAGCUGGGUCAUGUGACUUCAAAUGCAGGGUGUUUUCUGCUUACAUCAAAGAAGUGGAUGAGAAGCCAGGUGCCACCCCAUGGGGCUCUAAGAUGCCGUUUGGACAGGUCAUGGCUGAGUUUGGGGGUGCAGGGAGCGGAGGAUGGGUCCACAGCGUCUGCUUCUCUGCCAGCGGGAACAGGCUAGCUUGGGUCAGCCACGACAGCACAGUCAACUUUGUUGACGCUACUAAAGGAAACGCGCCUUCCCAGAUAAAGACGGAAUUCCUCCCGUUCCUGAGUGUCGUGUUUGUCUCAGAGAGCAGCAUUGUGGCAGCUGGACACGACUGCUGUCCGAUGAUGUUCAGCAGCGAUGACCACGGCAGCCUGACCUUCAUCUCAAAGUUAGACAUUCCAAAGCAGAGCAUUCAGCGCAAUAUCUCCGCAAUGGAGCGCUUCCGCAACAUGGACAAGAGAGCCACCACCGAGGACCGGAACACUAUCUUGGAGACCCUGCACCAGAACAGCAUCACCCAAGUGUCUAUAUUUGAAGGAGACAAAAGAGAUUGUCGUAAAUUCUGCACUACAGGUAUCGACGGGGCAAUGACCAUAUGGGAUAUCAAAACUCUAGAGUCCUCCAUCCAAGGGCUGCGAAUCAUGUAAAGUUCAAAAAAAGAGAAAAAUCAUCAGACGAUUAGCACAAAUGAAAGACCAACAGAAGGUUUUCUGACAAUUUUUGCAGGUGGCAACUGAAAAGAAGCACUGAGAGAUGAACUGACAUUGCUGUUUAUUUAUAAAAAGGAAAACAACCGUUAAAUGACAUUGGAGUGUUUUUUUUCCUUGUUUCCUUUGGUUUGUUUUUUUUUUUAACUUUAGCUGUGAUCUUCUUGAUUCUAUACCAAAGCUGGUACCCCAGCAGUGUGGUAAUGGGUGUAGGGCCCUCAUCCCCUCAGGAGGAAUUGUAGAACAGUAAUGUAAGGGUGAAAUUAAUAUGUAAAUGGUCUGCUAGAAAUAAAAGAGUACACUACAACCCCA